AUAUUCGCGCGUUGCAACGGUAUAUAUUGUACGCAUCCAAGUAACACGUGUCGUUUAAGAAACGUUUUUGAUAUAUUUUACAAACGAUAAUAAAACGUUACAUACGUUUAUAAAACGUAUAUAAAACCAACAUGUGCUAUCAGGGUAGCUUAAUUGAAGUUCGUUACCCAGACAGCACAAAUCUCCUCGGGAUGUCCUGAGAAUGUUCUGAGGACGUCCACAGAACGUCCAUGGGAUAUCGUGUGCUGUUUGGGUAUUUACACAAUAUUUACGGUGACGGUGUGAUGUGAGAUUGCGUGAGGACGCUGACACGAGGGCCUAACGCGAGAGAAGCGAGCAGAUGGAAAAAGUCGACCCCUGAGGUCACAUGUUCCUCAUCUCCUUCUAUUUAUCAUUCUCGCCGUCGACACGGCCAAGUGCCGCGCAAGUCACGGAGCGCGAUAAAAUGCGGCGAGUGGAUCGAACGUCGGCAAACAUGAACUUUCGAAGAUCUCGGCGGGACUCGGAUCUCGUCCUGUCGAACUUUGGCCAAAAGGAGCAUCUCUUCAAAUUCCUCGUCAUCGGCGACUAUGGUGUCGGUAAAACCGCGCUGGUCAGAAGAUACACGGAAGGGAAAUUCUCCUCGAAUUACAAGAUCACCAUAGGCGCCGAUUUUGCAAUAAAAUCUUUCGAUUGGGAUCCGCACACUAAAGUAAACCUGCAACUAUGGGAUAUCGCCGGCCACGAGAGAUUCGGAUACAUGACGAGGGUCUAUUACAAAUACGCAGUGGCCGCGGCUCUCGUAUUCGACAUCUCACGCAUGGCGACCUUUCAGUCGAUGAAGAAGUGGCUGUGCGAUCUCAGGGAGAAGGUCACACUGUCGGACGGCUCGAGCAUACCGAUUGUGCUUCUGGCGAACAAGUGCGACAUUUCGGUCGCCGUGACCAACGAACAAAUCGCCAAAUUUUGUAGAGAAAACGACAUAGACGCCUGGUAUGCGACCUCCGCGAAAAAUAACACCAACGUCGAUGCAGCGAUACGCUAUUUGGUGGAGAAAGUAUUGAGUGCGAAGAUCGACGGCGGCGUGCGCGAUUCGAUACGAUUGCGUGAGGUAUCGUUGAAUCGCGAGAAAUCUAGAUGCUGCAAGUAGAGUGACGUGUAACCGGUUUGGAAUUGUCAAUUCAUCCACGUGAACAUUAGAACAUUCAUCAACGACGAUGUGAGCGAUUGAGAGACUGCCGAGCAUGAAGAUUACGAGAAACUCCACAAGAUAACUUCAAAACGAUGCUAUGUAAAUUAUUUUUUCUCGAAAGAUUUAUACAACAAUGUGCAGAAUAUUGUUUUAUAUUAUACUUUUUCCCGUUA